AUGCAUCUCCAACCCAUCGACAACACGGAAAUAGAGCCCUUCACCAUCGCCAUGGAUCCCGACCCCCGGCUCAACCCCGCCAUGGAAGCGCAGCAAGACCCCUUCGACGACGUCUGGGGCUCCGCGCCAGGCUCGCCAACCGUCGUGGCCCUCGACGCACCCGCGGGCGCGCACCCGUCAGACAUGCCAAGGCUGCAGGCCGAACACACGACCGCCGGCUACCGCGAGGGCGUCACCGCCGCCAAGGCCACGAGCAUCCAGGCAGGGUUCGACGAGGGCUUCAGCCUGGGCGCCGAGAUCGGGUCCCUGGCGGGCCAGCUCCUGGGCCUGCUCGAAGGAAUCGCCCACGCCUUGGAUGAUGGCGGCCAGGGAGAUGAAGCCGUCGCGAAGGAUGCGCGACGGGCCCUUGACGAGGCCAAAGCUGAGCUCAAGACUGACUCGAUCUUUACGCCUGCCUUCUGGAAUACCGACGGCACCUGGAAGUUCCACGUCGAGAGAUCAUCGUCAUCGGGCGAUGAAGAAAUUCUCUUCUCCGACGUGGCUCGUGCCCAUCCCCUCAUUCAGAAGUGGACAAAGGCCGUAGAUGCCGAGAUUGAGCGAUGGGGCAUCGAACUCAAUGCCAUCGGCGACGCAGAGGACCACGAGAGACAGCCCAGCCCGGAGCGGGUGCCGAGCUCUGCGGUACCGCAGACGAAGAAGGCGCUGGACUGGUGA